CGGCUGCAAUCGAACGAUCACAAGGCGAUCUGCCAUGAGAUCUGAUCAGAUCUAUAACAGGCCACCUUGUUGAAAAUACCCAGCACUGAACUUCUCUAAGCCGGCGUUUGUGGAGCAAGAGCCCAUAGCCGUCCUGAUCGUUGGCAGAAUCCGAGUCACAAAGGAAGCGGAGUCAACUUGAUUCUUCAACUACUCUAGACAUACACUGUCUACAGGCUACACUUGCCAGCGUCGUAGUCUUAUCUUUCCCCGAGGAAGUCUCCCAUGGCUCUGAAAUACGAUCAUGACCGCCAUGGCUCUUACCCCGAGAAGAGCCUCUUUGACUUUGACCCUCCUUUGUACAACCUCACUCCCCUCAAGACGAUGGACAAGGCUUCUUGGAGUCCUGAAUUCAUCGCGAUGGUCUUGAAGGAGGCGAUAGAACAAGGCCAGAAUCCAUUGUACACUUUUUAUAUGCCGAGCCCCAUCAGGGUAGACUCUGAUGUAUUGCAACAUCGCGCCAAGGACGUGCAGUUACAGGCUUAUGUUCGUCCCCCUCCUCUGCCAGAGCUUCGGCUUCAGCAGCCCAUCGAGUUUCUAGAGGACAUCAACCCAGAUGGCAAUCACUCUACCUUCAUCGUGAAGAUUGGCUCCGAAUUGCGAUUGCUGAAGACGUACAUGAAUGAUUCCGGCGCUAACGAGGACCACGACGAAUGCAACGAGGACGAGUCAGAGGGAAAUGAUUUCGAAGACCACGAGCCUGACGCCAGCAACGUUGAUAGCAGUGGCUCCCAAGACGAUGAUUCCGACUCGGAUGAGUGUAUCGGCUACGAUGACCUCAGCUCAGACUUAUCGCAAUUUCACGCGGAGAAGGAUGCUUAUGCUCACUUGCUGCACUAUGGCGCGUGCGAUGCGGGCAUUGUCCCUCGCUGCUAUGGCUGGUUGCGUCUCUCAGGUGAUGAUACUGAGUUCGUUGCGGAGACGUUUGAGGCUUGGGGUGAUGUUGAUCCACCUUUUGGCAUUCUCCUCGAGUAUUUCCCGGAGGCGACCCCGAUCUCCAUCUCUAACAUCGACCGUUACGUGGCCGACAAUGUUAUGAGGGCAAUGUGUCGUAUUCAUGGCUCGUACGUCCUCCAUGGCGACGUCGCUAGCAAUAACUGUCUCGUGUUACCUGAUAAGAGGGUUGUUUGGGUUGACUUCGAUCGUUCAUCGACCCCCAAACCGACUCGUAACACACUUCCUGCUCGUCGCGCCUACUUUUGGGAAGAAGCGCAGCAGACCUGGUCAUGGCUCUAUCUGUGUUUGCUGCCUGACAAGCGCAUUGGUCUUGAAUCUCAUAGACACUAGUUCGACUCGCGUGGGUACUUCCCACUAUAGAUGCAUUUGCCUUACGACUUUCUGGCUAGUUGAAUUUGUUGUCAUCUUUGUCUGUCACCAAUGGAACAUCACACUUGUGUCGUUAUUUGCUAGGAUUUAAGUUCAAAUUAUCAUACCUAGACGUGGAGAAGGCCUUUGGAAAUGAGUCAUGCCGGAACUCGAAUGUGGUCAAUGCUCGAUUGUGCAUAUAAUUUUCUCGAGUACAGAAAAGGUGCCAAUGCUUUCGGUGGUGUAUCCCAAGCCAUAUCCGGUAUGCCUCCACUCACUCAUGACGCUGAUCAUGAUAUCCUUGUUGCUCUCGUUCGCUGGGUCGAAGAAGGCGUUGGUCCCGACUUAAUCAGGGCCGUGCACUAUACCGGUAACAACGUCACCAGGGGUCCUGCCUUCACUCGACCGUUAUGUAAAUUCCCGGUACAGAUCAGGAAAUCCUACCAAUGCUGAUAGUUUUAUAUGUGCAUAAUGUUAGAGUAGCUGUCGCGAAGUUUCUCGCCAGACUUAUUUUUAAUUAUCAUUGUCCCUGUACAAUAUGCACAAGU